ACCCAACUUUUCUUGUGCAAAGGGAAAAGCACUCGAACAAAACUCCGAUCAGUCCUCUAACUCUGCUAUUUUUUCUCUGAUCGACGAUCAACUAUUCCGAUUUUCGACGAUGAACGUGAUGGAUUCAGCUCCGGCUAAAAGUAGUUUAAUGAGUCCCGAAUCUGAUAUUCAGAGAACACAGUUUCCAUAUGUGACUGGGACAUCAGUUGUCGGCAUCAAGUACAAGGAUGGUAUUCUCUUGGCAGCUGACAUGGGAGGUUCCUAUGGUUCAACGAUACGUUACAAGAGUAUGGAGCGAUUGAAGCCAGUGGGAAAGCACUCCCUUCUUGGUGCAAGUGGUGAAAUUAGUGAUUUUCAGGAGAUAAUGAAGUACCUUGAUGAGCUUAUCUUGUAUGACAACAUGUGGGAUGAUGGAAACUCCUUGGGUCCCAAAGAAGUGCAUAACUAUCUGACACGUGUGAUGUAUAAUCGUCGCAACAAGUUCAACCCACUUUGGAAUUCACUUGUUCUUGGUGGAGUGAAAAAUGGACAGAAGUAUCUUGGAACAGUUAGUAUGAUUGGUGUGCAUUACGAGGACAAUCACGUGGCUACUGGAUUCGGGAAUCACCUUGCGAGGCCCAUUCUCCGUGACGAAUGGCAUGAAAACUUGAGUUAUGAAGAGGGCGUUAAGUUAUUGGAGAAAUGUAUGCGUGUGCUUUUGUAUCGAGACAGAUCUGCAGUCAACAAGCUUCAGAUUGCAAAAAUCACAGAAGAGGGAGUAACAAUUUCUCAGCCCUACUCAUUGAAGACUUUCUGGAACUUCUCUGCUUUCCAGAAUCCAACUGUUGGUGCUGAGGGUUCAUGGUAAUAACUGGCUGCUGCAUUGACUAGGUUUGAUGAAGGAAAUACACAAUGUGUUGCAGAUUUUAGAACUCGCUGUCUUCAUGGAAGCGAUGUUUGACAGAACCUGUAUAAUUUGAAUUGUCUAUGGCAUUUCUAGGCUUUUUCCUAAUGUAAACUAUAAAGACAUGUCACCUGAUGUUUCACUUUUCCUUCACCAUGUGAGAUUGUUAUCUUCCAAAUUAUUUGGCAUGCCAUGGCUCUAUCUCAGUUAUGGAACA